ACGCUGCGCACUGCUGGAAAAACGCAGACACCGGGGCGUCUCCAGUAUAUGCCGGGGCUCUCUUCUCUCAGCACUAUGUAGCACUGCUAUACAGGUGGGCGUUGGAUUCACAGACAGUUGCGGGCCCGAGCGCGCGCACCGCCUUCUACAUGCAGCAGGUGCCGCCUGGAACACAAACGCUUGGUCAGUUGAUCGCUCGACGCUCAGCACGAUAGAACUCCUGGUGUUGUCGUUAUCUCUUCACUUUUCAAACAGCAACACACAUUCUUAUACAACUAGAUACUACACAGUGGAAAGAAGAAGACUCGAUCAAGUGCGAUAUUACUUUAUCUGUGGUUUUGUGUUGUUCAACUGGAAAUGCCAAGCUCCAUUGGCAACGACGAAAGGAGCGCUUCUUCUAUCAUCAUCAAAAGUGAUUCCGGCGCGGGCAUGACGAAUUGUUCCGUCCGUCAUCCAACGAUGCCGCUCCUUCGACGACGAAUUGUAGGACUAAUCAUAAUCAUAACGACACUUUUCAACGCUGCCGUGGGCACGAUCGCCACAACCGACAAUGUCGUCGCCGCACACACUAAGCCGCCGUCUCAUCCUUUCAUGAAUGUCGAAACCAGUUGUAGCGGCGAUUCCCUGCUCAUCAUGGCCAGUCUUCAGGAACCGUUUUUCGGAUUAAUUUACGCCAAUGGAUUCGCUACCAGCCCUUCGUGUCGGGCGGAAGGCACCGGCAGCCGCCUGCUCCGGCUGGCUCUCAAUUCCUCCGAAUGUGGAAUCCAUUUUAUUCAGUCAGAGGAUGGAUCGAGACAGUUGGAAUUGUCGCUGUAUUUGCAGUACGACUACCACGUUCAACAGGCCGUUGAUGAGAAGAUGACGACCCGCUGUCGGCUACAGACUUCUGAAAAAUCGAGUACAGAGUCACCGGUGACGCAACCACCGUCGAGUCUGCAGCAGCGGCACUCGGCCAUUUUCUCUUUGCUCGAGAAGAGCGGACGGAGAAACGAGGCCGGCCCGCCGGCCACGACCAUCAAGAACGCGCUUCUGCCGUUCCGUCCCCUGAUGAAUAACUCGUUGACCCCAACAACUUCUUCGCCUGGAAAGCUUUCGGGUCUUCCUUUAACCUCCUAUCAAGCCAAAAAAUUGGAAAUGAAUAGAGACAGCAGCAAGACGCCGUCUGCGUCUCCUAGUAUGGUUUUGAGCGGGGCCCUCAAACUUUUACCGGCGCCCAAACAGCGCGACCAAAUCACCUGCUGGAUGGACAUCGUGGCCGGGACAGAUCCAACCGGAAACCCGGUCGAAGGCUACCUACGCGUCGGCCAAGAAGCCACUGUUGUCGUCCGAGUUCGACAAACCGUUGGCUUGGACACGCGGCUAACCAGUUGUGUGGCUCACGACGGUUCUCACGAAUCUCAGCAAGAAUUAUUGGAUUCAGACGGUUGCAGUUUGGACACUUCCAUUUUACCCAAUGUCCAGGAGAGGAUCAUCAACCGCUCGGGCUCGAUCAUUAAGUUGUUGUACGCCAAUUUCCAAGCCUUCCGAUUUCCUGACCGCGAUCAUCUUCACCUCAAAUGUACCGUCGUCGUCUGCAAGGGCAAAUGCCUCAUGAACCCGUGCAAUUUGAUCCGGCGGAAAGGGAGAGCAACAAAUUCCAGCAAAGUUACAGAAGGAAAAGGCUUCGGCCAACUCGGAUCCAUACGUCAAUUGAGUGCCCAGGAAAUGUCGGAAGCCGCUACCCGUCCGUCACGAGGGAGAAACAGUGAUCGAUCGCUCAGUACUUUUACUGAUUCGAAAUCUAGACUCAGAUCUGGAUCACUACGUAGCAGCAAUCUGACAUUAGCAAUCAACAGUAUUCCGAAUUACGGCGCCAUUAUCGACAAAGUGGACGUUUUUAAUAGCGUCGAAAUUCGUGUGGCCACUUCGACCAAAAAUACUGAUGAUGCAAUUAGAGGAUACACGUCCAAGUCCAUUUCGGACGAGGACUUUUCAGACGGUUCAUCCGAGGAAGCAAUUUUCUGUCUGACGCCAUCAAAAUUGUUUAUGGCGUUCGGAAUACUCUUCGCCGUGUUGAUAUCCGCCAUGCUAUUUGCCGUGUGCGUUUGCAUCCGCAUCAAGACGAGUAAGAAUAACCAAAAGAACCAACAACAACAACAGCAGCAACAACAAAGGCACAAUCCGUAUUCAGCGUCAUCACCACCGCGGUUUCUCAGCUCAUCACCUUGUCCCCCAACGCAGGCAUACAAUCCAGCUUGUAUGCGCCAUCCAGGCAGUUUCAACAGCCGACAUCAACUGCAAUUGAAUUUCAACCGGCAUCAAAAUUCUGCUGCACCUUACAUGCGUGUUUUUAAAUAGAAUAAUUUUUAAAACACCCGCGCCCCUUUCGCA